AUGACUUCCAAACGUAAACUUAAAUCUUUAAGUAUCGGUGAAAAGAUUAGGAUGAUUGAAAUAGUGAAGACUGGUUCAAAAACGAAAAAAGACAUUGCUGAAGAAUUUGGAAUUCCCACCAGUACACUUUCCACGAUUUUGAAAAAUGAAGUUGACCUUAUGCAAAAGAUCUCUGCCGAUAACUUGGAUCGAAAGAGAAAUAAGGCUACUGAAUUUCCUGAUCUUGAAGAAUGUUUGAUUAAAUGGUUCAAACAGUGUAGAGACCAGAAUGUUAGUGUGGGGGGACCAAUUUUAAAAGAAAAAGCCGAGGCAUUUGCGAAAUCGCUGGGUCACGAAAAUUUUAGGGCCAGCAAUGGAUGGCUGCAAAAAUUAAAAAAGAGACACAAUAUUGCUUUUCGAAAAUUGUGCGGUGAGAGUGCCAGUGUGAACGAUGACGUUUGCAGUGAGUGGAAAACCAAAUUAAAACUUUUGUUAAAAGAUUAUGAACCACAGGAUGUGUUCAAUGCGGAUGAUACUGCACUCUUCUACAAAUGCCUUCCUGACAAGACAUUAACGUUCAAAAAUGAAAAAUGUCGCGGAGGUAAACAUAGCAAGGAACGAGUCACUCUGUUAUUAGCAGCGAAUAUGACAGGAACCGACAAACUCAAGCCUCCAUUCAUUGGAAAAUCCAAAAAGCCACGGUGUUUUGCGGGUUGCAAUUCCUUUCCUAUGGACUACACUGCCAAUAAAAAGGCUUGGAUGAACGCAGAAUUAUUCAAAGAGUGGCUAAUCAAGAUUGACAAUCAAAUGAAAAAAGCCAAGCGUAAGAUUUUUUUAUUCAUGAACAAUUGUACGGCGCAUAAUAUCAUUCCUGCGUCGCUCCAGUGCGUGAAAGUACAAUUUCUGCCACCCAACACUACAUCAAAACUGCAACCUUUGGAUCAAGGGAUUAUUAAAAAUUUCAAAACCCUGUACAGAAAAGAAGUUGUAAGACAGAUUGUAUCGGACAUAGAAGAUGGGAAAAAAACCUCCAUCGAUAUCCUACAGGCAAUGCGAAUGGCAGAUGAAUCGUGGAGAAACGUGACUAAGAAGACAAUCGAAAAUUGUUUCAAGACAUGUGGAUUUUGCUCACAAGCUGAAGAUGAUCUUGAAGUAGAACCGGAGCCUGUUUUAAACGACGACAUCGAAGCAAAUUGCAAAGAUACAAAUGAAAAUGAUGUGGACGAAGACGAGAAUGACGAGGAACCUAUUGUUGCUGAACCACCAGUGUCACUUAAGCAGGCCAAGACUGCUUUUAUCACGGUUCGAAAUUUUAUAGAAAAAUCUAUUAACAUUGAUGAUAACGUAUUCGCAGCUCUGUUCGCGGUUGAAAAUGCAAUUGACUGUCAGCAUAAGUUAAAGCAGAGUAAAGUAACAGAUUUUUUCCAAAACCCUGUACCUGAUUCAUUUAUUAACAGAGAAAACCGUUACGGCAAGGCAGAAGGCACAAAAAUAAAAGAUUUACACGAUUCGUAG